UAUUUGGCACUCCUGCAUCGCUAGGCAGUUGUCGCUAGGUAGCUAGUUCCACCAUACCCGACAGAGCUAGGUAGAGCACCAUGACCACGCCCAGCACGCGAUUCCAUUCCCACAAGCUGCUGGUACUUGUGCUAACCCUAGUAGUCAUCCUUGCCGCCACGGCUCAAGAGCAGCAGCCGACAAUGCCACGCCCGGAUUGCCCCGACAAGUGCGGCAACAUGGACAUCCCCUUCCCGUUCGGCAUCGGCCACGGCUGCUUCCGGGACGGCUUCGAGGUGUUGUGCAACAACUCUCGCACCUUCCUUCCUGACACGGGAAGAACAGCAACAUGGGAGACUGGCAGAGGCCUUUAUUUGCCGCUCGAGCUGGAGAGCAUAUCUGUGGCCACGGGCGGGGUUCGUGCGUACACGCCGAUCUCAUACAUGUGCGCCACAAGUGCCACCGCCACUUCCGUCGCGGAUCAGAAUAUGUAUUUGGAGACAUCUCCGUUCGUCUUGUCGUCCACGGGGAAUGUUUUCAUAGGCCUUGGCCUGAGCGCCGAACAAAGUCUGUUUUUCACUUCUACUCCUGAGAGCUCGUUCCGUUGCCAUACAUAUGAUGUCCGCGAAUUGAACACCAGCGACGGGGUGUGCACGAGGGACUGCUGCGAGACCCCCGUUCUCAGCUUCGCCACGAUUAUAGGCUGGUCUACCAAAUUUAAUGAUCCUACAGGUUUGUGGCCAUCCCACCCGUGCACCUACGCCAUGCUGGUAGCGAAGUCAUGGUACAACUACACUAUGCCGGACCUUGACGGCAUUAAUACGCUACUCAACAAGUUCACCCAGGGCGUCCCCGCAGUGCUCGAUUUCGCCGCGGGGGAGACUUGGUGUCCGGUGGAAGGACAGCCACGGCCUCCGGGCUUCGCCUGCAUCCAUGGCAACAGCUCUUGUGUCAACUCAACCCGCCGUACUCCUGGCUACAUCUGCAAGUGCCUCGAUUAUUACGUUGGCAAUCCUUACAUCCCCAACGGAUGCCAAGACAUUGACGAAUGCCAAGGGAAUCCCUGCUCAAAUGGCGGGAUCUGCAAAAACAGGCUGGGAGGCUUUGACUGUCCAUGCAAAUCCGGAAUGAAAGACGACGGCAAAGGAGGGCCCUGCACAGAGUCAUUCCCUCUAGCUGCAAAGGGGGCCGUAGGUGCAAUAGGUGGUGUUCUUCUCCUGGUGAUUCUAUCGUUUAUUAUUAUCCUUCACAAACAAAAAAGGAAGAUGAAGGAAUUGUACAAAAAGAACGGCGGCCCUACAUUAGAGAAGGCAAACGUCAUUAAGCUGUUCAAAAAGGGGGACCUCAAGCCUAUUCUAAAGAACAGCAACUUGAUUGGAAAAGGUUGCUUUGGUGAAGUUUACAAGGGCCUUCUUGACAAUAAACUAGUUGCAAUAAAGAAGCCAAUUAAUGGUAGUGUGCUAGAGAGUGAUCAGUUUGCCAAUGAAGUCAUCAUCCAAUCUCAAGUCAUCCACAAAAACAUUGUUAGGCUUAUUGGUUGCUGCCUUGAAGUUGACGCGCCUAUGCUGGUCUACGAGUUCAUCUCCCAAGGUAGCGUACAUGACAUUCUUCACAACAACAGCAAUAACAAGGUGUUCCUCAACUUGGAUGCACGUGUAAGUAUCGCUGCACAGUCUGCGGAUGGUCUAGCUUAUAUGCAUUCAAAAGCAAAUAUUAGAAUUCUGCAUGGUGAUGUCAAACCAGCAAAUAUACUCUUAGAUGACAACUUUGUAGCCAAGAUUUCAGACUUCGGCAUAUCUAGGUUGAUUGCUAGAGAAAAGGAACACACUGGAUCAAUCAUCGGUGACAUGAAUUAUAUGGAUCCGGUAUAUCUACAAGAAGGCAUACUCACCGAAAAAAGUGAUGUUUACAGUUUUGGAAUUGUUAUCCUGGAACUUAUUAGCACCAGGAGGGCCAUACAUUCUGAGAAUAAUAACUUGGUAAAGAGCUUUCUUGAAGCCCAUAAGAAACAGAAAAAAACAACCGAGCUUUUCGACAAGGAAAUUGCAAUGGCUGAAGAUUUGGAGCAUCUUGAUAUUCUAGUAGUUAUGGCCAUGGAAUGCCUUAACCUUGAUGUAGACCAGCGACCAACGAUGAUGGAGAUAGCUGAGAGGCUACUCAUACUGAGUCGAUCUCGUAAGGUGUAAGAUAUUUCUCAAUUAAUUAUUUUCACAAAAUUUGAUAAAAUAAUGGCAGUAGAGGCCUUGUUUGGUCAGGAGGAAAUGUGUAAGAGUGUGUUCUAGGGUGGCCGAAUGUUUGUACACUGCAUUUGUAAUGUUUGGAAACACUAUAGUUUUACUAGAUCUGUAACUGUGUUACAAAUAAUACAUAUAUACUGCUUU